GAAUGGCUGUCAUGAAAAACAUUAAAAAUACCAAAUGUUGGAGAAAAUAUGAAGAAACUGGAACCUCCAUCAUUGCUGGUGGGAAUAUAAAAUGGUGCAGCCACGUGGGAAAACAGUUGAGCAAUUUAUAAAAAGUUAAAUGCGCACUUAACAUAUGAACCACCAAUUUCACUCCUAGGCAUCUACACCAGAUAAACAAGGACAUAUGCCCAUACAAACUUUUAUAUUCAAGUGUUCAUGACAGCAUUAUUUAUAAUGGCCAAAACAUGGCACCAACCCAAGUGUCCAAAAGCUGAUGAAUGAACAAACUGUGGUCUACCCACACAAUGGAACACCAUUCAGCAAUGAAAAGGGACAACUUUCUCAUACCUGCUGCAACAUGGAUGACCCUUGGAAACGUGCCAUGUGAAAAGAGCCACACAAAACUCUUAUACCUUGUAUGAUUCCAUUUGUAUUGUCAAUGUUGGCAUAUAGCUCCAUCGCGUGGACAUAGCAUAAAUUCCUUCACCAAGCCCUAUUGUUGGACUUGACGUUGUUCCCCGGUUUCCAAUAUUACAAGCAAUGCUGUGAGGACCAUCUUUGUGGCUACAUAUUUGUGGCCGACCUUAUUCAUUCUUUGCACCAAUGCCCAGAAGUGGAACUGCCAGUCUGAAGGUGUGUGCAUUUUAAAGCUUUCGGGAAAUAUCGCGGAGCGGCCCUGCACAAAGUUUGCUCAGACUGCACUCCCACCAGCCGAUCUACAGGGUCUAGGGUCUCCUUUCUCCAAUACAACACCUCCCUCUUGGCGCUACUCACCCAUGGGAGGCUGUCCCAGGUCCCAGGGUCCCCCCACUCACCAUGCUCUGUAUCUGUUUGUAGUUUCCUGGGUGUGCUGCCACCAUGGUCUGGUUCUGCAACAGUGCCGACUGCCAAUUUUCAGUCUUCGCCCUUACCACCAUAGGAUGGAUCCUCUCCUCUACGUCCAUGGGCCUCGUGGAGUGGCGAAUAUGGUACAUGAAAGACACCUCACUACCCCCUGGAAUCGCCUGCGUGGGAAUAUUUAGAGUCUGCAUUUACCGGCAUCGCACCAACAGCACCACAACCAAAUUUUGUUACCGAUACAGCUACCAGGACACCUUUCUCCCUUUUGAAAUUUCCAUGGCUCAAUGCUUCCUACUGACUGCCAGCAUUUUCGGAUUCUUCGGGAGAGCCUUUAACAUGUUUGCACUUAGAAACAUGUCCAUGAGAAUGUUUGAGGAGGACACCUACAAUUCAUUCGUUGUUUCAGGAAUUCUCAACAUUGCUGCUGGUGUCUUUAACUUAAUUGCUGUGCUCCAGAACUAUGAUGCCGUCAUAAACUCACAGGGGAUCACCUUCCCGCCAUCUCUCCAAAUGCCCUUCAAGCCAGAUGUGCAGGAAGUUGGCACUGCCAUUCAAGUGGCAGGGAUAGGUGUCUUGCCGAUGCUGUUAACUGGGAUGUUUUCUCUAUUUUACAAAUGUCCCCUGUAUGGCCAAGUGCAUCCUGGUAUUUCAGAAAUGUGAAUUUCCUGGUUGCAUUGGCUUUGCAAAUCUAAGAUUUCUGGGAGUUUAUGGAAAAUGUUAUUAGCAUGCUCUACCAAAUAUUUCCAACGACUCAAGACCAUGGCAUGGGUACUUUGGGACAGAAGGUGGCCAACGGCCUCCUUCUGUUAUCUUGUGUAUCUGAAUGUGGCUCACUGAUUUGUUGGUUGAAUUGAGAACUUUUAUUUAAAAGUCUUCCCACCUGCCA